GAUGGCAUAUCAUCAUGUCAUGUAUGAUUCUGUUUGUUUCCUUGUUUCUUCAUCAAUUCCUUUCCUGUCUGCAAAACACCACCACCACCACGCCCCAUUCCCCUCUGCAACUCCGUCAUCAUCAUCAACAUCAUCAUUCUUAUAUCUAAUAUCUAAUAUCUAGCUAUCUAUAUCUAUAUCUAUAUUCUUUUUCUUACUAAAAUUAAAUCUCACCCAUUUCUCUUUCCAUUUUUAAAUCUAUAAAAAUGGAAGUUUCCAUUUCAUCCGACAACAAUAGCAACAACAAUAGUAUUACCAAUUCUGAAACACAAUGUUCCUCUUCUUCCGACAACUACAACAACCAUCGUCUUUACCUUGUUCCUUUCAGGUGGUGGAAGGAAGCUGAAAAAGGGUGUUGUUAUUGCAUUGAUAAUGUGGGUAUUGAUGAUCCAGAAAAUGGGAUUCAAGAAAACAAAAAUAAGAAGAAGAGAAGAAGAGGGGUUUUAUAUGAUGCAGUGCCUACUUAUGGUGGUCCAAUGAAGAUUUUUAUUAAUAACAUCUUUAAAUCAGAUGUCUCUUUUAAUCUUGUUCUUGCUAAUGUUAAGCAUAAUGAUAUUGCUGAUGAUUCUAAAGUGGAUGGUCAAGUAGAUGUAGAUGUGGAUGAUGUUAAUGGGAUUUCGGGUCGUAGAAAUUUCGCCUUGGUUUCUGCUGAUAUGUGGCUUCAAGCACUUAAAUGGCAUAGCAACUCCAAAGGUACGGUGAAGGAUGGGAAGAGUUUUUCAGCUGCAGAAGAUGAUAUGGCUGAUGUAUAUCCCUUACAACUCAAGCUUUCUAUUUUGCCAGAGGCCAACACACUGGGAGUACGGAUAAACAAAAAGGAUAAUGCCAGUGAGUGCUUUCGAAGAGCCUGCAAGAUUUUUAGUUUGGAAUCCGAACUUUUAAGCAUCUGGGAUUUUUCUGGCCAAACAACCCAGAUUCUUAUCGAUAAAGAUAAGAAUGCAAAAGAAUCUCCAAAACAGUCAGAGCAAGAUAUUGUCUUGGAGUUGCAAGUUUAUGGCUUGUCAGAUUUAAAUAGAAACAAAGAUGUGAAAAAAGAUGAGCCGGCAUCACAUCUGGUUAGAACGUCAUCAAAGAUGAAUGGAACUACUGCUAACUCGUUACCCUCAACUGGAAGCUAUUGUGAGAAGGGUUCCUUGGGGUUAACCGGCUUACAGAAUUUGGGAAAUACUUGUUUCAUGAAUAGCUCUCUCCAAUGUCUUGCUCAUACCCCCAAGCUUGUUGAUUACUUCCUUGGAGAUCACAGGAAAGAAAUAAACCAUGACAAUCCAUUGGGCAUGAAUGGUGAGAUCGCAAUGGCAUUUGGAGAUCUGUUAAAGACAUUGUGGGCUCCAGGAGCAAGCGCAGUACCACCAAGAACGUUCAAGUCAAAGCUUUCUCAUUUUGCUCCUCAGUUCAGUGGCUUCAAUCAACAUGAUUCUCAAGAACUCCUUGCUUUUCUAUUAGAUGGACUUCAUGAAGAUUUAAAUCGUGUUAAAUGCAAACCUUAUGCUGAAGCCAAAGAUGGAGAUGGUAGACCGGAUGAAGACAUAGCUGAUGAGUACUGGCAGAAUCAUCUGGCUCGUAAUGACUCUAUUAUAGUUGAUGUAUGCCAAGGUCAAUAUAGGUCAACAUUAGUAUGUCCAAUUUGCAGGAAGGUUUCAGUCACAUUUGAUCCAUUCAUGUAUCUGUCAUUACCUUUACCAUCAACAUCAAUGAGGACAAUGACUUUGACAACUGUGUCCUCUGAUGGAAAUGCACAGCCUUGUCCGGUUACUGUUACAGUUCCCAAGCAAGGAAAGUUUGAAGAUCUUGUUCAUGCUUUGGGAUCCACAUGUUCUUUAGAGAAUGAUGAAACCCUCAUGGUGGGGGAGGUAUACAACAAUCAUAUCAUACGGUUUCUAGGGGAUCCCACUGAUUCGUUAUCAUUAAUUAGGGAUGAUGAUCGCCUUGUUGCUUAUAAGUUGCAAAACAAUUUAGAGAAGUUUGUGGUUAUUUUUGUUCAUCAGCAGAUAGAAAAGAAUUCAAUAUCUGAUACGCAUAAGUUAAAGUUCAAGGCGUUUGGGCUUCCUCUUGUAGCAUCUGGUGAAAUUGUAAAAGGACAUGAUAUUCGUAAAUUAUAUUUUAAAGUAUUAAAACCUUUCACAAUAAAGGUUGAGAGUUCCGCAGAGAAUGAUGACACCAAUGUACUGUUGCCAGCAGAAAAAGAAGAAAGAAAAAAUAUUGUAUGUCCUGAAGAGAACUUAGAUGCUACAAACACUGUUGAUGCAAAAGAUUUGCACUUACAUGCUGAUUGUGAAGUAAAGUUCUAUUUAAGUGAUGAUAAUGGAAAUAUCAAAGGGUCUGAGAUUAUUAUGGAUGAAUUGAUAGACUUCACUGAGUUACCUGAACGACUGACCAUUCUUGUAUCCUGGUCUGCUAAAAUGCUUGAAAACUAUGAUCAAUACCUUCUUGGCUCCCCAUGUGAAGUAUACAAACCUGCUCUAUUUAGCAAACGGCCUCAAGAGUCUAUAUCCCUAUAUAAAUGUCUUGAAGCAUUUCUUAAGGAAGAGCCACUUGGACCAGAAGACAUGUGGUACUGUCCUGGAUGCAAAAAGCACCGACAAGCCAGUAAGAAGUUAGACCUGUGGAGACUGCCCGAGAUCUUAGUCAUUCAUUUGAAGAGAUUCUCAUAUAGCAGAUUUUUGAAAAAUAAAUUGGAAACUUAUGUUGACUUUCCUAUUCAUGAUCUUGAUUUGUCAACAUUUGUUGCAUUCAGUAAUGGACGAUCAAGUCACCGUUAUAUGCUUUAUGCAAUUAGUAAUCAUUAUGGAAGCAUGGGAGGUGGCCAUUAUACUGCCUACAUACGUCAUGAUGGUGAUAGAUGGUACGACUUUGACGACCACCAUGUUUCUCCAAUUGAUGAGGGCCGAAUCAAGACUUCUGCUGCUUAUGUACUUUUUUACAGAAGACUAGAGGACGCGUGACAUUAUUUUGGAAGAUUGAUAAUCAAAUUUCUUCAUUUUUUAUCCCGGAUUAGCAUUCAUAAAGAAGUUAAAAUACAGAGGAAGCGUUACAAGUUGAAACAGUGUGGUCUAAGACUGAGUUCUAACAAACAACAUAGAAUAGUCACCUUAGUAUUACAGGUUGAAGAGGUAAAAGAUCGAUUUUUUUGGGAAGAAUAUAUUUCAUAUUUCAUAUUUAUUAUAGGCUACACUUAUGUAUCCUUGUGUAAAUUACAUACUCAGCAUUUUCCAUUUUUGGAUGUUCCAUGUUAGUUGCAACAUCGCAUAUCCUACAGUAGAUUUGAUGGUGCAAAUAUCAUGGAUUAUUGGAUUAGCCAUCGGCAUAGUUGUGACAAAGAUGUUAUCCAUAAGACGAGGUCUAUCAAGUUGUUUCACUGUUUUAGGAUGUAAGCGAGUAUAAUUUUUACAUGCCCUAAACUUUCAUGUCUAA